AUGGAGAACAAAGUAAACAACGGCUGUAUUGGUUUUUCAGUCAAUACCGGUGAUGUUAAGCAGAACGACACUAAGAACAUUAUAUACCACGCGAUUCUUCCAGUGAAAGUGAAGCAGAAAGGAAGCAAUAAAUCUAUAACCACGUAUGCGUUCUAUGAUAACGGCAGUGGUGGAUCUUUUAUUACAGAAAACCUACAGAAUCAGUUGGGAAUAAAAGGUGUGGAAACAGCCCUUCAACUUGGUACAAUGCACGGGCAGAGCUAUGUGAGAUGCAACGUUCUUAACGACCUGAUUGUGACGGACUUGAAGAACGAGAAUCCCGUCAGAAUUGAAAAGCUGUAUACCCGAGAGUUCAUUCCCGUUGAUCAUAACCAAAUGCCAACUUCAGAAAUUGUUGCAAAUUGGCUUCACCUUGAAACUGUUGCCAAAGAAAUUCCGAAACUGCAACCAGAGUUAGAGAUUGGAUUAUUGAUUGGUAGAAAUUGCGUCAUGGCCCACGAACCACUGAAAGUGAUACCAAGUAAAAGUGACGGUCCUUUCGCUGUUCUUCUUCAUCAUGGAUGGACAGUUAGUGGACCUCUGUGUCCAGAACAGUCGCAAUCAAACACUGAGAAGGUUUGUGUCAAUCGUAUCACCGUACGUGAAAUUCAGAGCGUGAAAGAGAUCGUUACACCCAAGUCGUUGCUUGACGCGUUGGCGAUAGACUUCAAUGAACGCGAUGUAGUUCGCGUGGAUGCAGAUGGAAAGAGUUUUUCCGUUGAAGAUGUACAGUUUAUGGAGAAAGUUGAAACUGGAAUUCGUUACAACGAAGGACACUAUGAAAUUCCUCUGCCUUUCAGAACUAACGAUGUUACGAUGCCUAACAAUAAAGUCCAAGCAAUCAAACGAGCGGAAUGGCAAAAAAGGAAAAUGUUAAAGAACGAACAGUAUCGACGAGAUUACACGGUGUUUAUGGAAGAAGUUAUCGCUAAGGGUUACGCAGAGAAAGUACCUUCACCAUCUUCAUCUGAGAAUGGGAAAGUUUGGUACAUCCCACAUCACGGCGUGUACCACCCGAAAAAGCCAGAAAAAAUCCGCGUUGUAUUCGACUGUAGUUCUCAAUUUCAAGGAACCUCCAUUAACGAUCAACUGCUCCCUGGUCCGAACCUUACCAACACGUUAAUUGGCGUUUUAAUUCGAUUCAGACAAGACCCAAUAGCUUUCAUGGCUGACAUCGAAGCUAUGUUUUAUCAAGUGCAAGUACCUCUCAGCCAACGUGAUUUCCUGCGAUUCUUGUGGUGGCCCAAUGGCGAUUUAAACUCGAACAUGCAAGAAUAUCGUAUGACGGUGCAUUUGUUUGGUGCUGUCUCCUCGCCAAGCUGCUCAAACUACGCUCUAAGGAAAACUGCGUCCGAUAACGAGAAAGAGUUUGGUCAACAAGUCGCAAGAACAAUUGAGCGCAAUUUCUAUGUAGACGACUGCCUAAAAUCAAACGGAAACACGACGACGGCAAUCAACUUAAUUAAAGAUUUACGUCAUGCGUGUGCUAACGGAGGAUUUCACAUAAAAAAUCUAGACUUGAAUCAUGAUAAGCUUCCACUAGAACGUGCUCUUGGAGUCCAUUGGUCCAUAGAAUCUGACACAUUUGAAUUUCGCAUAACGUUGAGCUCCAAACCAGUUACCAGAAGAGGAAUUUUGUCAACAGUGUCUUCACUUUACGAUCCUUUGGGUUUUGCUGCUCCAUUUACUUUGCCUGCAAAGAAGAUCUUGCAAGAGCUUUGUCAAUUACAGCGGUUGGGUUGGGACGACGAAAUUCCACAUGAGUAUGAAGUUCGCUGGGCCAAAUGGAAAAAUGACAUACAAAUGAUUUCUCAAGUUCAAGUCAACCGAAGUUUUAUACCGCCGAGCUUUGGAAAAGUCGUGUCGAGACAGUUUCAUCUAUUCUCCGACGCAAGCCUUUUUGGAUACGGUUCGGUGGCCUAUCUUCGUUUGAAAGAUGAUGAAGGAAGAAUUCAUUGUGCCUUCCUAAUGGGCAAGUCCCGUCUUGCUCCGGUGAAAGUCGUGACCAUACCACGUUUAGAGCUCGUGGCGGCAGUCUUGUCCGCACGUCUGGGUCGAUUGCUUACUGAUGAAAUUGAAGAUAAGCCUGACAUUAGAAUAUACCACACUGACUCGACUACCGUCCUCCGAUACAUCCUGAACGAACAUACGAGAUUCCAUGUAUUCGUAGCAAACCGAGUGCAACAGAUACGAGAUUUGACUGACCAAACACAGUGGAGAUAUGUGCAAUCCAGCGACAAUCCAGCAGAUUACGCUUCAAGAGGACUAGACGGAAAGUCCUUUCCCCAGCUACGUCAAUGGAUCCAGGGUCCAGAUUUUCUAUGGAAAGAAGAAGCAGAAUGGCCAGAACAACCGUUAUCAUUGAGUGAAGCAUCGAUCAACGAUCUAGAAGUUAAGAAAGCCGUUAGCAGCUUAGCGGUUAAGGUUGACAAUUCUCUGUCUUCAAUCAACAAAUUAAUUGAAUAUUAUUCAGACUGGUAUCGCUUAAGGAAGGCUGUUGCAAUAAUGCUCCGAGUUCGCAAGUUGCUCAAAGAACGAAGAUUACGAAACAAAGCACGUAACCUGCAACAAUUGACAGUGGAUGGCAAGAACCGAAUCUCAAAGGGAAGAAAGCCACUACCAUUAGUACCACCAAUGACACUACAAGAGUUAAAAGAAGCCGAAGAUGCAAUUAUUCGAUGUGUUCAAGAACAGUCGUACGGAGAAGAAAUACGAGCCAUCAAUGACAUCAUGAAAUCAGAUGAAACGGUAGUAAGAAAAUUAGAGAAACAAAAGAAAGCUCAGAUUAAGAAGACAAGUUCUAUCCAUCGACUCAACCCAUUCCUCUCUCAAGGCAUUCUUCGCGUUGGUGGUCGUCUCUCCAAAGCCGACUUGCAAGAGGAAACGAAAUACCCUAGUAUCCUGCCACCAAAAAAUCAUGUAACAACGCUUAUAAUUCGUCAUAUUCAUCGCAGUUUGGGUCAUGCUGGACGUGCUCACGUUUUAGCCGCCUUAAGAGAAAGAUAUUGGAUAGUCAGUGCCAAUUCAGCCUUCCGUAGCUGUCUGUACAAAUGCGUAACAUGUCGCCGGAUCAGGGCAUCACCAACUGAGCAGAAGAUGGCUGACCUUCCCGUGGAACGAGUAAAUCCAGUUCCUCCGUUUACCUAUGUUGGCGUAGAUUAUUUUGGCCCAUUCUACAUUAAAGACAGAAGGAAAGUCUUGAAAAGAUAUGGAACUCUCUUUACUUGUCUCUCAAGUCGAGCGAUUCAUAGUCGAGCGAUUCAUAUUGAAGUCUCUAAUUCAUUUGACACCGACUCAUUCAUCCAUGCAUUAAGGCGAUUUGUGGCUCGACGAGGACCAGUUCAACAAAUUAGAUGCGAUAAUGGAACAAAUUUCGUCGGUGCAAAAUCAGAGCUUGACAAGUCCUUUGCUCAGAUGGAUCAUUUAAGAACUCAAAGCAAGAUGAAUCAAAUGAACAUUGAAUGGCGAUUCAAUCCUCCAGCAGCAAGCCACAUGGGCGGGGUCUGGGAAAGACAAAUCAGAAGCGUACGCAAGAUCUUAGCUGGGAUACUUCUCGAAAAUGGGAAACAACUGGAUGAUGAGUCAUUUCAUACGUUACUAUGUGAAGUAGAAGCUAUUAUUAACUCUCGGCCUUUAACUUUCCCAUCCAGUAAUCCAGACGACCUAACCCCAAUAACUCCGAGCAAUAUCCUUACAGUGAAAACGAAGAUAAUUCUACCUCCUUCUGGUGUAUUCGAACGCGAAGACCUAUACGCAUGUCGUCGUUGGCGCCGUGUACAAUACUUAGCCAAUCUAUUUUGGAGCAGAUGGAAGAAGGAAUAUUUGUUAUUACUUCAACAAAGGCAUAAAUGGACAACAACUAGACGGAAUGUAGCAGUAGGUGAUGAAGUUCUUCUUAAAGACGAGAAUUUAUCAAGGAACGUUUGGUUGAUGGGACGUGUCACUACUACAAAUCUAGAUUCUGCUGGGUACGUGAGAAGCGUAGUUUUAAGAACAUCCAACGCAGAGCUUCACCGUCCAAUUUCGAAACUGGUGGUGUUAUUAGAGAAAAGUGACACCGAAGAGCUGUGA